GGCGGGCGCAGGACUACACUUCCCAGCACGCAGAACUCCGGGAGCGGUGCGUGGCGCACGGCGGGGCGGUAGCGCCCGCCAGAGGAACGCGGCAUGGAGACGGAUGAGGUGAAGCCGCGCGCCCAUUUGGCCGCGCUGGUGCUGGCGCGCGGCGGCAGCAAGGGGAUCCCGCUGAAGAACAUCAAGCUGCUGGCGGGCGUGCCGCUUAUCGGAUGGGUGCUGCGCGCCGCCCUCGACGCAGGCGUCUUUCACAGUGUGUGGGUGUCUACAGACCAUGAUGAAAUUGAGAAGGUUGCGAAGCAGUUUGGUGCUCAAGUUCAUCGCCGAAGCCCUGAAGUGUCUCAAGACUCCUCUACCUCCCUAGAAACUAUCAGAGAAUUUCUUAAUCAUCAUCAUGAGGUCGAUAUUGUAGGAAAUAUUCAAGCAACAUCUCCCUGUCUACAUCCCAGUGAUCUCAUAAAAGUAGCAAAUCUGAUUCAAAAGGAGGGCUUUGAUUCUGUUUUCUCUGUUGUGAGACGGCAUCAGUUUAGAUGGAGCGAGGUAAAAAAAGGAGAAAACAAAAUGACAGAGCCCCAAAACCUGAAUCCAGCAAAGCGGUACCGGCGGCAAGAUUGGCCUGGGGAGCUGUAUGAAAAUGGUUCGUUUUAUUUUGCUAAGAGGCAUUUGAUCGAGAAAGGCUACUUGCAGGGUGGUAAAAUGGCCUACUAUGAAAUGCGUGCUGAGCACAGUGUGGAUAUUGAUAUAGACAUUGACUGGCCUAUUGCAGAGCAAAGAGUAUUGAGCUUUGGAUAUUUUGGCAAGGACCCAUUAAAAGAAGUGAAGCUAUUGGUUUGCAGUGUUGAUGGAUGCCUGACAAAUGGUCGCAUUUAUGUCACAGAAGAUCACAAGGAAAUGGUCUCCUACGAUUAUAGAGAUAUUAUUGGUAUCAAUCUAUUAAAGAAAAGGGGAAUCCAGGUUCGACUCAUCUCUGAAAGAGAUUGUUCAAAAUCCCUGUCAGCCAUGCAGCUGGGAUGUGUAGCAGAAGUUAAUGCAACAAAUAAACUACGAGUCCUGGAGGAUUGGCAAAAAGACAUUGGUUUGAGCUGGAAAGAAGUUGCUUAUUUAGGAAAUGAAGAAUCUGAUGUGGAAUGCCUGAAGAAAGCUGGCAUGAGUGCUGUGCCCGCUGAUGCUUGUGCACUGGCUCAGAAGGCUGCUGGUUACAUCUGUAAGAGCAGUGGAGGCUGCGGUGCUGUCCGGGAGUUUGCAGAACACAUAUUUCUCUUGUUAGAAAAAGUGAACUCUGCAAGAAAGCAAAUGGAAGAAGUAAAUUCAGCAGGAGAGGAGACAGGGGGAAAAUGAGAACAGCAGAAGUGGAAAUAAGGAAGUAAUGAAAAAAAAAAAUAGCAUAGUUGUUCUGUUUUUCUGCUUCUCCUUUUCCUAAUACAGUUUUACACUGUAUUAGAGUUAUAAAAUGUUUCCCCCUAAUUUAAGGUUUCACUUUAAGUGCUGACAUUCAUGAUUGUAUUUAUGAUUAUUUUAAAAGCUAUUUAAGUGCAAUUGAAGAAAUACUAAAGAAAUAGUGUCCUGUGAAUCUACUCUUAAUCAUUACAUUUGUUCUACAAGAAUGAUGUAUCUUUAUUUUAUAAUCCAGAUAUAUGCAGGGAACAAAGAUUUUUUUCGUAAUUUGUGGAUUUGUAAUUCAGACUCUUAAAAAUUUUGUUCUGUAAGUUGUGGUCAUUUUAUGUACAUUUCCUCUAUCAAGUGUCAGUACGAUAUUGUAGUUAUAUGCUAGCUUUUCUUGAGAUGCAUGUCUCUCCAGUAGGAAGAGUUCUAGCAUAUGCUGAAGCAUAUCCUGUAUUUUAAAAAGUUGAGUUAGUGUAAAACUAGUUAAUGUUAGUUAAGAAAAGUAUUUAAGCAUGUGUCCAACUUAAGCUGAUAUAUAAUUAAGUGGCAUUUGGAAUUAUGCCUCUUAUCUUUGAAUCUGGCUAUAUGUGGUUUUAUUUAAGUGCUUAAAUUAACAAAUCCAAAUGCCUCAUAUUUGAAACUAAAUCUCCUAUUAACCUUUGAAAUCUUUCCUUUGCAAAAACUAUGUUUCUUCAUAUGGAGUCCUCAUUGCAGCUGCUAGUGAGGUUUAAAAAAAUUGUUAAUGUUUAUCGUAUGGAAAAGUAAUUGCUGUGGAAAAAAAAAAUAAAUCAGUUGAUGUUUUUGAGUUCAUAUAAAAUACAUUCAGAUUAUAUUUAGCAUAUUAAUUUAAAGUUGGUGUGUAUACAUUUGUAUUUCUGUAAAAUAUAAAUUUUACUGGGUUUUGUUGUGGAUAAUUCAGUGAUCUGUAAACAUCUGUAGAACUGACAUUCAAAAUACACAUCUGUUUUCAA